AUGAAAACAGGAAGAAAGCAAAGAGUGACGAGAAACAAAUCAAGGAAAUACAGCGAUGAUGUUAUGAAUAACAAACAAGAUGGUAUCUGGAUUCAGGGCAACUACGUGAGAAUCAGAAUGAGUCGAAAAGUAUAAGAGGCCGAAGUGGAUUCUUGUUUCUGGUUAUCUGACAUUUCACUGCAUGCCUAUGAUGGAACGUGCGAUGGAGCAGCUCAACGUACAGCUUAGCCGGCUGACGCGGUCCCUAAGAAGAGCCCGGACAGUGGAGCUGCCAGAAGAUAAUGAGACAGCAGUUUACACGUUAAUGCCUAUGGUGAUGGCAGACCAGCACAGGUCUGUUUCAGAAUUGCUGCUAAAUUCAAAGUUUGAUGUGAAUUAUGCAUUUGGGCGUGUGAAAAGGAGCUUGCUACAUAUUGCUGCAAACUGUGGUUCAGUUGAAUGCCUUGUCUUACUCUUAAAAAAAGGUGCUAACCCAAACUACCAGGAUAUUUCAGGUUGUACACCUCUACAUUUGGCAGCUCGAAAUGGGCAAAAAAAGUGCAUGGGCAAAUUGCUGGAGUACAAUGCUGAUGUAAAUAUUUGCAACAAUGAAGGUCUAACAGCUAUUCACUGGCUGGCUGUUAAUGGGCGAACAGAACUCCUUCAUGAUCUUGUGCAACAUGUCUCCAAUGUUGAUGUAGAAGAUGCAAUGGGACAGACAGCACUUCAUGUUGCAUGUCAAAAUGGCCAUAAAACUACUGUGCUUUGUCUGCUGGACAGUGGAGCAGACAUCAAUAGACCAAAUGUAUCAGGAGCUACUCCACUUUACUUUGCUUGCAGUCAUGGUCAGAGAGACACUGCUCAGAUUCUUCUGUCAAGAGGAGCCAAAUAUCUGCCGGAUAAAAAUGGAAUUACACCACUUGACCUUUGUGUGCAGGGUGGGUAUGGUGAAACAUGUGAAAUUUUAAUACAACAUCAUAGCAGAUUAUUUCAAACAUUAAUCCAGAUGACACAAAAUGAAGAUGUAAAGGAGAGCAUGCUACGCCAAGUUCUGGAACACAUUUCACAGCAAAGUGAAGGAAGUUAUCAAAGAAUCCUGACAAGCCUUGCUGAAGUGGCAACAACAAAUGGCCAUAAGUUACUCAGUUUAUCAAGUAAUUAUGAAGCUCAGAUGAGGAGUCUCUUACGGAUUGUCCGAAUAUUCUGCCAUGUAUUCCGCCUAGGCCCUUCUUCACCAAAUAAUGGAAAUGAUAUGGGUUAUAAUGGAAACAAAACGCCAAGAAGUCAAGUUUUCAAGGUCAGAAAAGUAUAUGACGUUAGGAAGAUUGCCAUUAAUGACGAUAAAGAGAUGAGUUUCAGAAAGCAUACAAACUUAAAUCAGGCAACUCCUGAGCAGGAACCCCUAGAAUUGCUCUGGCACUCAUUGGAUGAAUGGCUAGUUUUAAUAGCUACUGAACUAGAAAAAAACAAACGAGAUCCAGCUUCAGGUGCCAGCAAUAUCACCUCCAUCCUACUGAAGCAGAGAGAAGCUACUUCCUCACCCAGAGUGGAGGUGGAGGAGGAGGAGGAGGAGGAGGAGGAGGAGGAGGAGGAGGGGGAACAUUCUUCAGAUGCAAAAACUUCCAGCCCAAAAGCAGAAGUAAACAUUGAGCAUCAGAAAGCCUGUGUUGAUGGAGAAGAUGUGAUUUCAAUGACAGCAAACCGGCUUAGUGCUGUCAUACAGGCAUUUUAUAUGUGUUGCUCCUGCCAGAUGCCUCCAGGGAUGACAUCUCCACGCUUCAUAGAAUUUGUUUGUAAACAUGAUGAAGUGCUGAAAUGUUUUGUUACAAGAAAUCCAAAAAUUAUUUUCAACCAUUUUCAUUUUCUGCUUGAAUGUCCAGAGUUGAUGUCUAGGUUUAUGCACAUCAUUAAAGCACAGCCCUUCAAAGACCGAUGUGAGUGGUUCUACGAGCACCUUCUAGCAGGCCAGCCAGACUCUGACAUGGUACACAGGCCUGUCAAUGAAAAUGACAUCCUUCUUGUUAACCGAGAAUCCAUUUUUCGUAGCAGCUGUGAAGUUGUGUCUAAAUCAAGUAAUGAGAAGCUGAAGCAAGGAAUUGCAGUGCGUUUCCAUGGAGAAGAAGGAAUGGGGCAAGGUGUUGUACGGGAAUGGUUUGACAUUCUUUCGAAUGAAAUUAUAAAUCCAGACUAUGCAUUGUUUACACAGUCAGCUGAUGGAACUACAUUCCAGCCAAACAGCAAUUCUUCUGUAAAUCCAGACCAUCUAAACUACUUCCGAUUUGCUGGUCAAAUUUUAGGACUGGCUCUUUACCAUCGCCAGCUUGUUAAUAUUUAUUUCACACGUUCCUUCUACAAACACAUUCUAGGGAUUCCAGUAAACUAUCAAGAUGUGGCUUCCAUUGACCCUGAAUAUGCUAAAAAUCUCCAGUGGAUCUUGGACAAUGAUAUCAGUGAUUUGGGCUUGGAACUCACAUUUUCAGUAGAGACUGAUGUUUUCGGUGCAAUGGAGGAGGUUCCUUUGAAGCCAGGGGGUGCAUGCAUACUGGUUACGCAGGACAAUAAGGCUGAGUAUGUCCAGCUGGUGACUGAAUUGCGAAUGACCAGAGCAAUACAACCACAAAUUAAUGCUUUCCUGCAUGGCUUCCACACAUUUAUCCCACCCUCUUUGAUACAGCUGUUUGAUGAAUAUGAACUGGAAUUGCUCCUUUCUGGAAUGCCAGAGAUUGAUGUAUGUGAUUGGAAAAAAAAUACAGAAUAUACCAGUGGCUAUGAUGAAGAUGAACAGGUUAUCCAGUGGUUUUGGGAGGUGGUGGAAUGCCUUACACAAGAAGAGCGAGUCCUUCUGUUGCAGUUUGUCACUGGCAGCUCUAGAGUACCUCACGGAGGCUUUGCAUAUCUAAUGGGUGGAAGUGGACUGCAAAAGUUUACGGUAGCUGCUGUGCCAUACACAUCCAAUUUGCUUCCAACAUCUAGCACAUGUAUAAACAUGUUGAAACUCCCAGAAUAUCCAACCAGAGAGGUCUUAAAAGACAGACUUCUGGUGGCUCUACAUUGCGGAAGUUAUGGUUACACAAUGGCAUAAUCCUGAAAUAAGGAAGACCUGUCUCCUUAUGCAGAGCAAGACACCAGAAGCAGUUAAUUUUAAAGACUUUGGUAUGUUGAGAUGAGAUGAGAUUUAAAAUUCAGUUCCAACCAAUGCAGAAAUCAU